AUGAGCCGUCACACUUACACACCAGCUCUUCUGCAAAAUCUUAACACAUUUGGAGCAAAUUUUGAAAGAGAUGAUAUUAUCGCCAUUUACUACCAUGCAGGAUACACUGCUGUGAGAGAAAUAAUUGGGUUUCUAGUCACCAGACAUGGAAUAGCUAUUGGUGAAAGGCAGGUACACCGGAUUUUGAGAGAAAAACAGCUUAAGAGAAGAGAAAACCAAUCUUCAUUAGAAGAGAUUGUGCGUGCUCUACUACAUGAACUGGCUGGGUCUUCUAGAAAUAUGGGGUAUAGGCUGAUGCGGCGAAGGUUGCUCACCGAUCACGAUAUCAUCGCGUCCUCGGAAACUGUUCGUUUGGCACUGUCUGUAUUGGAUGCAGAGGGGGUGCUUGCAAGAAGUCGCAGAUGUUUGCAUCGACGAGCUUAUUCUAACAAAGGCCCAAAUUUUGCCAUCCACAUGGACGGUUGGGACAAACUUAAACCAUUCGGUAUUUCGAUACAUGGAGCAGUCGAUGGCUAUUCACGACGUGUUCUAUGGUUGCGUGCUUGCAAAUCAAAUAAAAACCCACAAUAUGUUGCAAGAUUCUAUUUAGAUUACGUAAAGGAAAUAAAUGGUGUACCUAUGAUAAUCUAUGCUGAUAGGGGAACGGAAAACUCUAUCGCACGCGACAUACAAUAUGGUUUACGCUGGAAUCAUAAUGAUCCAUUUCAAGGAAUCUCAAGUUUCAUUUACGGAUCUUCCAACAGAAACACCAGGAUAGAGAGAUUUUGGAGAAGCUUGCGUGAAAUGGUAGGGAAUACAUGGAUUGAUCACUUUAAAGAUUUGGCUGAUUAUGGAAUAAUGGAUACCUCCGAUAUGAUUCACCUUGAAUGCAGCCGGUUCUGUUUCUUACAUUUGAUUGAUACAGAACUUGAUGGAGUAGCACGGCACUGGAACGAGCAUCGGAUAAGAAAAAGCAAGAAUGUUGAUCUGCCAGCUGGGAAGCCAGAUGUUUUGUAUUUUCAACCUGAAACGUACUUGGCUCGGGACUAUAAGAUGCCUUUAAAUGGGAACCUCGUGGCUCUUGAGCGACAAUAUGGUCAAAAUCCACCAGUAAGGGGCGUAUCCGUGGAGUUGGCUGGACAUUUGAUUCGCCAAAAUAAUUUGGUUUAUACACCCACAACAAAAGAUGAAGCCACCGAGUUGUUUGCUCGGCUUACAAACCUCAUUGCGCAAGUAAAUUAGGUCGUGAGUGAGCGACACACUGAAUAUUAAACCUUGAUUUUUGAUAAGCAAACAGCUUUGACAUUAUUUUAGUUGUCUUUAAAUUUUCAGUUUUAUUUGACCAAUGAUGAUCCUCCCGUACGUUUCCCCCAAGAUGGCUGAACAUCAAAAGGAUUUCUCAACAGCCUGGUUCAUGCAGGUUCCGAAACUGUGAAACUGUUUAAACUGUAAACUCAGAAAAUUUUAAUGAUCACUUGUCAGGAUAUUGUCUUCAGAGUUUAGUACUUAGAAGUCGUUAGCUUUUGUUUUAAUAUCUUUUUAAAACCAUGUAGAUUUGAAAUAUAGGCUAGU